UAUGUCCUCAUUUGUCAUUGAUCAUAUAUCUAAAACUCCUUCAGUGAAAUUAGUGUUCCUGCACUGUAAAUGUUUUGUCAUGUGACCGAAAAACUAAAUUAAUUAGCUUGGUUUUUUUUUUUUUUUUUUAAGUAAAAAUGUCUAAAUCACCCUGACGACACCAACAGGAGAAAAUUGAAGAUAGAUAUAUCUCUUCGACCGUUUCUUUUUUUAAAUUGGUCCAGGUGUAUUGAUGUAGGUGAAGAGUUAUAGACAAUAAAGCCAUGUGACACACUAGUCACACUUGAAUCUCUGCUGAGACACAAAGGAACGAAUCGUCACCACUCAGCCCUGCGCCGUCACUAAGGAUGUUCAGGAAGGUGGUACCUGGAUUGGAAUGUGUGGGUUCAAUAAAACACUAAAGGUAUCAGUCAAUGAUAAAGCGAAGCAUUUUGCCGAGUAUGACACUAAUGUGUCCAUCAACAUCCCCCCCAAAACCACCAUUGCUUACAGCGUAAUUGAACUAGUUGCUGCUCACACUGGACACUACGAACUUUGCCUGCUGCCAAUUGUCAAGGGCGGUUUUGAAGUUGAAGGGCCAGUGAAGGUGAAGCAAGCAAGCACAGUUAGUGUUGCACCAGGGCAAACAACCAACAAACUGCAGAAAGGUGCAAAAUAUGACUUUAAAUAAGAAGUCCUCUCUGAAAGAUGCUGCUUUGGCUGCGUUAACCGAUGAGAAGGUUUUCAAGAAGAUUACAUCACUCUUUGCUUCCUGUAACGUGACACUGCUUACGGAGAAGGAUUCACUUGUUACAAAAAUCAGCAACCCACAGGAUCGCCAUCCCCUCAUGCUGUGCAUUGCAGUUAAAGGCUUGGCAUCUCUAGCGCCCCCUGUCAGAAUGGAGUACAACAGCAAAGCCAAAAUACCUGCUGUAAACUGAGGACCAAAGGGCACUAAAGUCUGUGAGUGGACAAUCUACAAACUGGGAAUAGAAGAAAAAAAAAAUGGAUCCUUAAGUGGCCUAUCAGCUGUUUUAUG